AUGGCCGGAAGCCAGAAGAAGUCCACCAAGAAGUUUGAGAAGAAACAUCUCAAGGACGUACUCGAACGACGAAAGGCGGCCGCAAAGAUCAAGCAGCGCAACCACCUGAAGGAGAAACGAAAAUCGGACAAUGCCAAGUCACGCGCCGAAAGAGAGAACGACUCCGAGGAUGACGCCGAACAGACCAAGAAAAAUGCCUUUGCAGAGAUGAACGUCGAUGAUUUCUUUGCUGGAGGAUUCGACAUCGCAGACCCGAAGAAGGCCAAGAAGAAGGAUGUUACCCCAAAGAUUGGAAAGCGCAAGCGAUCAGAGCCUCAGGAGGAUGAAGAGGAAGAGUCAAGCAGCGGAGAGGAGGACGCCGUACAGUUCCAAGACGAUGACGAAGAAUCGGAAGCUAGCGAAGCCGACGAUGUUGAGACACACAUGAAAGAUAUCGAGGCUCUGAAAGAGAAGGACCCUGAGUUCUAUAAGUACUUGAAGGAGAACGAUGCCGAGCUCCUUGAAUUCGGCGACCUUGCAGAAGUCGAUGCGCUGAGCGAAUCGGAGGAGGAGCAAGAUGAGCCAGCCAAGAAGAAGAAAAAGAAGGCAGCAAAGGAAGAAGAGGCUGCUUCUGAUCUCACAGUCGCAACUGUGAAGAAGUGGCAGAAGUCCAUGGAGGAACAGCACUCUAUCCGCGCGAUGCGACAAGCCGUGCUCGCUUUCCGCGCCGCGGCGUACCUCGACGACCCAGACGCCCAGGAGCAGAAGUACUCCAUCUCCGAUUCCAACGUCUACCACCAAGUUCUCGUCACAGCGCUCAACCAUGUUCCCAAGGUCCUAUCGCACCACCUCCCCGUCAAGGAGACCGCCUCUGGCAAGGUCCGAGUAUCGCUCGACAACAAGAAGUUCAAGACCCUCACUCCUCUCAUCAAGUCCCACACUUCCUCCGUCCAGAAGAUGCUCGCCAACCUCUCCGACGAGCAGACCCUCAAACUGACUCUCUCCUCCAUCGAACCCAUGCUCCCCUACCUCCUCCAAUUCCGCAAGCUUCUCAAGGUCCUCAUCAAAACCAUCGUUGGCAUCUGGGCCGACGCCUCCACAACCGAAGCCACCCGUAUCGUCGGCUUCCUCCUCCUUCGCCGCCUCAUGGUUAUCGGCGACUCCGGGCUUAAGGAGUCCGUUCUAAAGGCUUCCUACGAGGGCGUCGUCAAGGGCAGCCGCAACACAACAGUCCACACGCUCCCUGGCGUGAACCUGAUGAAGAACUCCGCCGCCGAGCUCUGGGGCAUCGACCAGAACGUCUCGUACACAACCGGCUUCAACUUUAUCCGCCAGCUGGCCAUGCACCUCCGCAGCAGCAUCACAAACACCUCCAAGGAGAGCUACAAGACAAUCUACAACUGGCAGUACGUGCACAGCCUGGACUUCUGGUCGCGCGUCCUCUCGCAACACUGCGACGGGCUCGUCGAGGCCAAACUCGGCAAACAGUCCGCUCUACGACCCCUCAUCUACCCCGUCGUCCAGAUCACCCUCGGCGCAAGCCGCCUCAUCCCAACAGCCCAAUACCUCCCGCUCCGCUUCCAGCUCACCCGCUCGCUGCUCCGUCUCUCCCGCGCCUCAGGCACAUACAUCCCGCUUGCGCCCCUCCUCCUCGAACCCCUCAACCUCACCGAACUCCGCAAAGCACCCAAGCAAGCCACCCUGCGACCCCUAGACUUCAACACGGCCAUCCGCGCGCCGAAAUCAUACCUCCGCACCCGCGUCUAUCAGGACGGCGCCGCCGAGCAGAUCGCCGAGCUUCUGUCUGAGUUCUUCGUCCUGUGGAGCAAGCACAUCUCCUUCCCUGAAUUGAGUGUCCCCAUUGUUGUCGCGCUGAAGCGCUGGCUGAAGCAGGUCUCGUCGCGGAACGGCGGAAACCGCAACCAGAAGGUCAAUCAGAUGAUUCUCCUGCUCGUGCAGAAGGUCGAGGCGAACGCGAAGUGGAUUGAGGAGAAGAGAGUCCAUGUUACCUUUGCGCCGAGGAAUAAGACGGAGGUUGAUGCGUUCCUGAAGGAUGUCGAGUGGGAGAGUACGCCGCUCGGCGCGUUUGUCAAGGUGCAGAGGAAGUUGAGGGAGGAGAAGGCUGCUAUUCUGGAGGAGGGACGACGGGAGGAGGAGAAGAGAAGGCAGGAGGAGAAGGAGGGUGGUGGUGAUGAUGUCACUAUGGAUGAUGUGGCUAGUGAGAACGAUCAGAGUGAGGAUGACAGUGAGGAUGAGGAGGAGGAAGAGGUUGAGGUUUCGGAGGAUGAGGACGAGGAAGAGGAGGAUGAUGACUGA